UGACGCGAUGUAGGAGCCUCUUGUCUUCGCUCUUGUGUUCUCCUUCUAGCAAUAAACGAUACCUCUUUUCUCCGCCUGUAAGGUAGUGACCAGACUCCUGUGUCCUUGAGACUUUUCCAGUGCAGAGCGGCCGGAGAUAUGGGCUCUAAUCAAGGGGUGCGAGAAUGGGGUUGCGCUGCCGCUUUGGCUGUCGGCGCUGUAGCCGUUGGAUACCUGACUUACAGAACCCUCUAUUGUAAAGACAAAUGCUGCAAAGCCAAGGUUAACCAGGAUAUACAGAAAGACAAUCCUAAGGUUGUACAUGCCUUCGAUAUGGAGGACCUGGGAGAUAAAGCGGUGUACUGCCGCUGCUGGAGGUCCAAAAAGUUCCCAUUUUGUGAUGGAGCGCACACUAAACACAAUGAGGAAACUGGAGACAACGUUGGACCUUUAAUAAUCAAGAAAAAAGAAUCCUAAACCAUGGGCUGCAGCUUUAAUAAUGUACAAUGAAACAACAGUAAAUAUAAUUUCUCUCUAACCAAGAAGUUUCUCCUUCCAGAAAAUCCCGCCGGCCGUAUGUGUCAUCUGCCUUAAGUGUUAACCCCUGCAGUGGUGGAAGGUCUUGUCUGGCAGGGAAAUAGGAACUUGUUCUGUACUUGUCUGUAACCACUGUACGAGCUGUGUUCAUUCCUCGGGUGGACACUUGCUUUUUUUUCCAUUGUGAAAUGCUGACAUUGGAAUGUAAAACCAAUACAUGGACAUUAAAUUAUGUAUGAAAUCUGA